UUCCAUCAUACGCCAUCUUCACACUCAUCACUCUCACAUUGUAAUUCGCCUGAAGAGGGUGUGAUCGUGAUUCUAUUGGGUAUAGUCUGAACGGAGAGGUUAGAGAUCCAAAAGGAGGAAGAAACGAAGGAUUGAGGGGAUAUCAGAGGUUGCUCAACAUGGACGUGAAUAAGUCGCCGCAAAUGUCGUCGGGGCCCAUCAAGAAGGUGUUAAUACACCCUCUGGUUCUUCUAAGCAUCGUCGAUCACUACAAUCGUGUCUCCCAGCAAUCGUUUAGGCGGGUCGUCGGAGUCUUGCUCGGCACCUCCUUCCAAGGCAUUGUCGAUGUUUCCAACAGCUAUGCAGUUCCUUUUGAGGAAGAAGUCACGGACCCAAGUGUCUGGUCCCUUAACCACAACUACCAUGAGGCAAUGCUUUCUAUGUUCAAGAAAAUAAAUGGGACUCUUGGUGGCUAUGUUUCAGAUAAGGAGCAUGUUGUGGGAUGGUACAGUACAGGCCCAAAACUUCGAGCAAAUGAUCUGGACAUACAUAGAUUAUUCCACAACUAUGUUCCAAAUCCGAUCUUGGUCAUUACUGAUGUGCGAUCUAGGGAGCCAGGUAUCCCAACAAAUGCUUACUAUGAUGUUGAAGAAGGGAAGGAGAAUCCUACCCAAAAAAGUCAGAAGGUUUUUGUUCAUGUCCCUUCGGAAAUUGCUGCUGAUGAGGUUGAGGAAAUUGGAGUUGGACACUUGUUAAGAGAUGUGAAAGAUACAACCAUCAGUACACUUGCAACUGAGGUUUCUGAUAAACUUACAGCCAUUAAGGGUUUAGAUGCUAGAUUAAGAAGGAUAAGUUGGUACCUUGGUUUGCUUAUUAUUGGAUGGUAUCCAUUAAACCAUGAGGUACUCUGCCAUCUGCAGGAUGUGGUCAACCACUGUCCGAAUCUGAAUGUUCCUGAGUUAAUCAAGGCCUUUGUAGUAAAAUCAAACGACAUGAUGUGGGUCAUAUAUCUAACCGCUCUCAUCCGUUGUGUCAUUGCGCUACACAACUUGAUAAACAACAAGAUUCUGUACAAGGAAUACGAGAAAGCUGAAGAUGCAAAGCUACUUGCAUUUGAGUCAUAUCAUUCUUGAUACAUUUACGGGGCUUUUACUUUAGGCUUCGUUGGUUGAACUCUGGCCAUUUUUGUCAUUAAGAUGUACUGCUGAUCCUAGUCUAGUGUCGUCAAGCUUAGCUUGCCUGUUGUAUUCCCAAAAAAGAUGUGCUGCUGAUCAAAAUCUUUACCCUUCUUAUCCCUCGCCCAUAUAAUUUUUUGGUCAAUGAGGUGAAGGUUCUGUUCAGGUACAUUUACCUGCUUUUGUAAUGAAAUUCAUCGUUACGUUUCCUUGUUGAGUAGUUU